UCCCGCCGUCUCAUGUUUUUUCUCGGUGGCUCCCUGCAUCUCUGUUUUUGGUUUCAGAGUAUUUUAGGAUCCCCAUAUGAAGUGUAUGAUCAAGCACUGGUUGGCCUGAGUGUGGAGGGCAAGAACAUAUCAGGACUACAGCAGCGUGUCAACAUCACCAUCAACCUUACCAAGAAAAUAAAUGAAACCCAAAACGCCUUAUGCCACUUCUUUAACUUGUCAAGAAAAAAUUUCAGUCAGGAUGGCUGCAUUACCCUAUGGACACGUGGUGAAAAUCAUCUCACCUGUUCCUGUGACCAUCUCACAUACUUUGCUGUGCUCCUGGUCACUGCUUCCCCAUCACCUAAAGACCAGGAGAUUUUAACAUACAUCACUCUGAUUGGCUGCAGUCUGUCUCUUUUUACCCUCGUCAUCACUGUUUUUCUCUUCAUCACAAAUAGAAAAGGCAGAGAAGAUGUUUCUAUGAGGGUUCACAUCAACCUCGUGAUUGCACUUAUCCUCCUCAACCUGCACUUCCUGCCCAAUCAAGCAGCGGCAGCAGUGUCCUCCACUGGGCUCUGUUUAUACAUGGCUCUUGCCCUUCACUACUCUCUGCUAGCCACUUUCAUCUGGAUGGCUUUGGAGGGAUUCCACCUCUACCUUCUCUUAGUCAAAGUCUUCAACAUCUACAUCAAGAGAUACCUGCUCAAACUCAGUGUGGUGGGAUGGGGUGUUCCUGCAGUCAUUGUGUCAGUGGUGGUGAUCAUUGACAGAGGCUUUUAUGGCCAAGUCCCUCUGGACAGCUCCAACAAAACUGCAAUGUAA